CACCCCCUUCUCUGGCACGCAAUGGUCUAGUCCGAGUGGGCGGGGCUCCGGGCGCGAGGAGGCCAAGCGGAGCCCGUCCCUCGCCUUCUUCCCUCAGACGGUGCUUGGCGGCUCCGGAAGAUAGAAGUGGGGAGCGCGGCGGGCGAAGCGCGGAUACGGGACACUAUGAACGAAGAGCAGUUUGUUAACAUUGACUUGAACGAUGAUAAUGUUUGCAGCGUGUGCAAGUUAGGAACAGAAAGAGAGACGCUCUCAUUCUGCCACAUUUGUUUUGAGCUAAACAUUGAAGGAAUACCAAAGUCUGAUCUUCUGCAUACAAGAUCAUUAAGGGGACACAGAGACUGUUUUGAGAAAUUCCACUUAAUCGCAAACCAGAGUUGCCCACAGUCAAAACUCUCCAAGAGCACAUAUGCAGAAGUGAAAAACAUAUUGAGCAAAAAAAUUAACUGGAUUAUACAGUAUGCACAAAACAAAGAUUUGGAUUUGGAUUCUGAAAGUUCCAAGCAAGCACAGCAUCAACUGUUUGGCUUUAGACAUCAGAGAGAGAGAAAGCUACUUCCGCAAUAUGAUUCCCAAGUUCCUAAAUACUCUGCAAAAUGGAUAGAUGGAAAUUCCGGGAGUAUUUCAAACUGUUCACACAGUAUUCUAGAACCAAGAGAAUCCAGCGAUUUUAGACUUGAUAUGUUGCAGCAAGCAGGUGCUACCUUACACUGUAGUAGUUCAUUGUGGUCUAGUCAUGACCAGUCAGCGGAGAUGGGGAAAGCUGAAACAGGUCCAGAUACCCAGGUCCAAAGAAGACAUCCGCAGUACAGCAGGGAGCAAUUGAGUAAGAUGACUCUUGCAGAAGUGGAACAGCUGAAUACGAAACUUCUCAAGCAAAUCCAGGAUGUGUUUGAAGAGCUGACUACACAAGUACAAGAAAAAGACUCAUUGGCUUCACAGCUUAAUGUCCGUCACAUUUCUAUUGAGCAGCUGCUAAAGAACUGUUCAAAAUUGCCAUGUCUACAGAUGGGACGGGCAGCAAUGAAAUCCAAUAUCUCCAUAUAGCUGCAGCAAAGUUUGCCUUUCCCUGCUUUGUUAAUCUUAUCUCAUACAGUUGCAUACUCAAGCAGUAUUUUGGAAAAUUCUAAACAUGUAUGCAUUGCAAAACACAAUGGAAGUUACACACAGUGCUCUUUUUUAAAAGAAGAGGAGGAGGAAAAGUGCACUGGAGACUAGUUUGACUCUGGAAGUCAUCUGAUCUCCCAAAAUUUGUUACAUUCCUUCCAGGCACUGAUGAUAAAUACUUUGGUGUGACUUAACAAAGACUUCUGACUGCCUGUAAAUAGCCUGGAGCGUUAGCUGAUAAAAUGCAGUUUUUAGGUACGAAGAAAACGAUGGCGCAACCAGUAUUCAUGAAAUCUACAUUUCUUAUUUAUUGUAAGCAAUAUUUUAUUACUGAAAUUUUAUACAAGAAGAAACUAUUUUAGGUACUUUUCCACAUCUCUUUAUAAAAUGAUAUUUGAAUGAUAUAUAACAUUUUUGCCUUGUGUAAUGAUGGUUUACCCUUUUUUCAAGUCUGUGUACUUAACUUUCAUGAUGGAAAUUGUUGGUUUUUUUAAAAAAAAAAAGUUUCCCAAAGACACAAUCUCAGUGGCUAUAAUGCAUUACUUUUAUUUUUUGGCAGUGUACAAUUUAUUGGGCAUGGGUUGUAUCUUAACAGAAGAAAUCUAAGCACAGCACCUCCUUUUCGGAAUGAUGGUUCAUGUUUUGUUAAUAUAUGAAGAGCUGGGUUUUGGUUUUGUAUGUGAAUUUUUAAUGCUUCAUAAAAGUAUAUGGCUUCAAAGAAAUAAACCUAUAAUACCUCAUGGAAAUAAUUGUAGUAUUCUUUUAAUGCUCUGCCUGAUAUGUUACAAACUCCUUGCACAUAGAAAACUAGGGUAUUAAGUAAACUAGGCUUAGAAGCCUUACCUUGCACAUGCGACCACCACUGAUGGGCACAUGACUAAGGGCAAAAUACAGCAAACAGCUAGUUUAUGCAGUUUGUUCCUGCGAACAUCCUACUACAAAAAGUGCUUUGAAAUCUGGGGUGCAUGAUGCUAUACAAUGCCCGUCAGGGAGAAACUACUUGUGCAUUUGUUCGGAUAUAAUCUCUGGUAAUUACACUUCUGUGGUAAAACUCUGUUUUGACUGAUUAAAGUUGUAGUUGAGUAUUUGCCUUUGAGACUUCAUCUCUCUCGGCAUCUGCAUCCAGCCUUCGUUUAACAAGCAUCUUGGCAAAGGUCCAGAGAAGGAGCUGCUUAUGCCCAGUGGGACCUGUCUUGUGAUCAUUUUAAAGCAUUUUCCUCCCAACUUCAGUUUACAAAAAUCAGUAGUAGCACACAGAUGAUAGCGACCUUUCCCCCUCUCCCUCUGGCUCUUCAACCCGACUGAUGAUCCCUUCAUCCGCACACAGCAAAUAAGCUUUUAAAAGUAGUGUGCUGUGUGGUCUUGGACUUCAAAGAAGAGUUAAUUUCUUUUGCCUCGAGUGAGAGAAAAUGAUGAAUGAUGUUUGACUUCAAGGUUGCUCAAUCAAUUCUAAGUGUUAGACUAAGAGUGGGGACGGACGGACUAGGGUUCAAAUCCCCACUCAGCACAAAGCUCACUGGGUGACCGUGGGCCAGGCACUGUUGGCCUAACCUACCUCACAGGGUUGUUGUUGGGGUAAAAUGGGGAGAAAGAGAACAUUACCUCCUUGAACUACUUGGAGGAAAGGUGGGAUAUAAAUCAAAAAGCUGUAAACCUACUUCAAUAAUCACAAGCUUUUUGAAUAUAAUGUCAACACAUGGGGUAAAGGUAAAGGGACCCCUGACCAUUAGGUCCAGUCGUGACC